CUGAAACACUGCCAGGCGCCCGAGGGGAAGUGACGUCAUCAGCGCGCGGCGGGUUGGUCGUGUGAGUCGUGCUCAGUUAGGGUCGUGUAGAAGCUCCGUUUGCUGGAAGAUGCUGCUAAGCGCGCAUUAGAUCUCUUCUAUCUGCUUCUCAGGAAAAGAUAUCUUAACAGGACAGAGUGAUGAUGAUGAUGAUGAUGGAAGAGAGCACCCCACCAGCCACCCCUCCACUCUCCUCCUCCUCCUCCACAGCGGCUGCCAGCGGUGUCUCCGGUCCUCAGACUCUCUCCAGCUCCCCCGGUGUCUCUGCUUUUGCCCCGGGAGGGUUUUCCAGCCCUGUUCCUCCAGUGGCUUUGACCUCCACGCUGCCGCCCAUCCAGUCAUCUGCUCCUCCUCUCUCUCUGAGCGGCCCGUACGCUAGCCCCGCUGCCCCCCCGAUGGGCCCGCCCACCACUGGCUUCUCUGUGAGUGCAGGAUAUGACAUCACCCGUGGCCACGCGGGCCGCACCCCUCAGACGCCACUCAUGCCCAGUUUCUCCAGCGCCUCACCCAUGCCAGGGAUCGUCAGCAAUCCCAUGAUGCAGCAGCCGGUGUCCGGAGGGAUAGACGUCAGCUCGCCCAUCACGUUUCCUGAGGACUCUGACGACCCCAGAGGGACUCCAGACAGCAGCUCACCUGGAGGAUUAUGGGGCUUCAUCAAGGGUGUAGCCGGGAACCCCAUGGUCAAGACCGUCCUGGAUAAAACCAAACACUCUGUGGAGUCCAUGAUAACCACACUGGACCCUGGGAUGGCACCGUACAUCAAGUCUGGAGGAGAUGUGGACAUCGUUGUGACGUCAGAUAAGGAGGUGAAGGUGUCAGCGGUGCGGGAUGCGUUUCAGGAGGUGUUUGGUUUGGCCAUGGUGACGGGAGAGGCCGGUCAGUCCAACAUCGCCCCGCAGCCGGUGGGAUACGCCGCAGGGGUCAAGGGAGCUCAGGAGCGCAUUGACAGUCUGCGUCGUUCUGCUGUCAUUCAUGAGAAGCAGCCCGUGGUCUCGGUGGAAAACUUCAUCGCAGAACUCUUCCCAGACAAGUGGUUUGACAUCGGCUGUCUGAUCUUGGAUGAUCCAGGAAUCGGGAUUCACAUUGAGAUGUUCACUCAGGCUACACCUGUGGCCCUGGAGCACAUACAGCAGGCGCAGGCACUGACUCCUCCAGACUAUAACCUGCGCUGGUCCGGUCUGCUGGUGACGGUCGGGGAGGUUCUGGAGAGAAGCGUGCCCAACGUCAGCCGCACAGACUGGCACCAGGCCUUCACUGGCAUGUCCCGCCGGCAGAUGAUCUACUCCGCCGCCAAGGCUCUGGCUGGCAUGUACAAACAGCGCUUGCCCUCCAGGACAGUGUGAGCGUCUUACGCCGUCACGUGACACAGACCACAGCUUCCCAGAAUCACACGGGAAUCCACAUCUCAUCCACAGAUGUCCUGUGUUCUCAGUGACGUCCCAUAACAAGACUGAGCCCACUCUAAACGCCAAAAGAAAAGUUAGAUCGACUGAGUUUCUGCAUCAGGUCUGAAUUAAACCAGUUACAGGGCAGAAUAACUAAUAUCUAACUUUUAAAUUAUUGAUUGAAUUGAAUAUUGUGUCCUUGAUGUAAUUUGAGUUUGAUUGAUAUUAGUAAUUGACAGCAUCCCAGUCUUUAUGAUGGAAAUUGGUGGAAAUGAAAGCACGUCUGCAUCUGAAGUCCUACAGCAGGACUGUCUCUGCACAACUCUUUACAAUGAUCAGAUCUCACCAAGGAAAAGAUGAUUCUCAGAUUUAUAAUGCUUGUGUUUAUAUUUACAAUCAAAUACUUUGACUUGCAGGUUAAGUUGAAUCGUUGAAAGUCAUAUCAAUAUUGUGAAUAUAUGUAAUUUUGAUGUUACGGUUUUGGAUCUAAUUUUAUAGUGUUUUCUUUUCAGCCUAAUCAUCAAACAUUGUUACAAUAUUGUGAUUGUCUGCAUGUCCGUUUCUUUCACAACUCAGUCCAUGUUAGUCAGCGUUUACGGCGGUCAGAUAAAUCAGAUCGCCAGCUCUGCUGCAUAUAUAAACAAACCUGUUACUGUAGAUGUUGUUACGUAAAACAAUCUUCCAUCAAUAUUGUCUGAAAUACGGCAGAUGGGUGUUAGCGAUGAUGUGCAGCUGGAUCUUUGGCUCAGAGUGACACAGGACUGAUAAACGCCUGAGCAUGACCUCUGAGUGACGUGGUGUAGCACAUGAAAACUGCGCUGUGUUUGCGCUCUCGUGGACCGAAAGAGUUGAUUACAAAUCUAGAACCGCCUGUCUUUAUAUGUUUGUUAUAUUUCUCCAAAACAACUGUGGAUGAUUUUAUUCCAUAGCAUUUUACAAUUGUGCCUUCAACCAGCAGAUGAGUAAAAUCUUUUUGUAAAGCA